GUCAUGUGAUAAGUGACAGAAUCAUUGUAUAAAGGUUUAGUUAAAUACCCAUUAAGGUUUUAGCAGUAAUAAUCCAGAACAUUCUUAAGAGUGUGGUGAAAAAUAAUCUGCUCUGUCUUCCCAAGGUUUUACAACGGAGAGAGUACGAUGCCGGAGCAGACUGGUGGUCGCUAGGAAUUGUCAUCUGUAAAAUGGCCACCGGCAUGACACCAUUCACUUCAUCAGUUAUCCAUGAUGAGCCCCUUUUCCCGAAAUGUCUUGGUGCUGAAAUAAAAGAUCUUCUGCACAAGCUCCUAGAGAAGGACCCAGAGAAGCGUCUUGGCUUUAUUGGAAACAUUCGAGCACACCCAGUUUUUAAUUCCAUCAACUGGGAGCAGCUGGAACGCCAGGAAGUACCACCACCUCUCUAUCCUGCAGAAUUAACACUAGACAAGAAAUAUUUCAAGCAGCCGAGGAUGCUCAUGGAAGAGGCGGGCAGCGAUUCUUCAUCUAAGAAAAGCAUGGAGUUAUCAUAUCUGAAUGACAGUUGGAAGAGCUGAGCCACUUCAAGAAAGUCAGGUUUCUUUAGCUAUAUUUACCAACCAUUAACAUCAUUUAACCCUGUCAUUUUAUUCUAUCCAGUCUCCAUUGAAGAACAGUGAAGAUGAAAACAUCUGAGCAUUUGAAAAAUCCAGCACCGAGGACCACCUGUCACGGCUUCGUAUGGGUACAUUUCUACAGACAGCCAUUUUUACCUCUUAGAGCCAGCCACCAUCAUUGCCUCUACCUCUGGCCCUUGCCCAUCAUCUUUUGGCCUCCAUUUCAUGUCCAUAACAUCAGUCCCUAUGAUUGCCCCAUCUCUGCUUUUCUCCAUCGGCACCCAUCUUUGGCCCUGUCUAUUAGACCUAGAUCUGGUCCUUAUCACCACGCCUCCAUCUUUGGCCCUUGUCCAUCUCUGACUCUUACCAACAGUCUCCAUUUCUUGCCCUAUUUUUGAGUGAGCCCAGAGUUCAAUUGAGAUCAGUUAAGUUUCUUAAGUUCUUAGACCCCCCCCCCUGCUCUUUGUGCACCGCCUCUGUUUACUCCUC